CGCACAAAGCAGCAGUUACAUGAACAUGGACAUAUAUUGAAUGGAUUUGAAUUCCAGAAAUCCUGGGAUCAGAAGACUGUCAUUGAACAAAUAAGGGAUGCCUUUGGAGAAAAAAUUCCUGCUGAUGUGAGCAUAGACUUUCUGAUGGCAUGUGGCAACAGAUUGAUUUCGCCCAAACUCCGUGCUGGACAGGAGCUGGAUGCAGUUCUCAUCCUUAAAGUAUAUAAAUCGAAAGCUCUUUACAUCAGGCCAUCAAAGCCAAUUUUGGAUGAUAUCACAGGCUACAGCAGUGAAGACAACAAUGGUGAGGAAAACACUGGUCCAGCAAGACAGCUGCGCUCAUCACUAAGAAAAGAUGGACACUUGUAUGCAUCUUCAGACAGUUUCACCAGUCCAACGACUGCCUCCCCAGAAUGUACAUCUGUAGUUGAAACUUUAACUGAAACUCCUGUCUUCACCUGCCAAAGCAGUAUGUCCCUCAACCACAGCAGCACUUCAGUAAGCAGUUCUUCUCGUCAGUUGCCAGUAAGCUCACUGGAAAGCUCCCCUUCCACCAGUCAGCUUUCUACGUCAUCAACUUCAGAUGAUCCAACUCUGGUCCUGACUUGCCAGAGCUCAAGCUCACACUACAGAAGUGGGACUCCAGCUAGUCAUUGUUCUGCAUUGCCCUCUACCUCAACACAUGGUCAGCUGUCAAACUAUGACAACUAUUUGUCAGUAAUGGCUGCACUUUCAGACGUGUCUUCUGAUGAUGAAGAACUGAACCAGGCUAUCCUCGCAAGCCUGCAGAGUGAAAGAAGGACCACAGAAUCUUCGGUGCCAGUGAGAGAUAUUUUGCAAGCUCUUUCAACAAAAAUAAACCACCAGAAGAAAUGCAAGUUCAACAUCAACCGAUCCACAGUCCUGGAUGGAGCCAUCAGAGGUUUUAAACGAGGGACAUAUGAUCCAUGCCACACUAUUUCGGUCAGAUUUUCUGAUGAUAUGGGAGUACCCGAGGAAGCUGUGGACUUGGGUGGACCAAGAAGAGAAUUUCUAAGACUUCUCAUGGAAGCUUUACCCCAGUCUUCAAUGUUUGAGGGAGAAGAAGGCAAAAUGAAUCUGGCCCUUGACAGUACUGGUAUAUAAUGAUAAUCAUUUAUUACAUUUGUUUCAUUACAUGUUAUAUAAAUGGUGCAGUAUUUGGCUAUAUGCACUGUCAGUGUCUAAUAACUUUUUUUCUGUAGCCAUGAGAGAGGACAGGUACUUCAUUGCAGGCAGAGCCAUAGCUGUAAGUCUGGUACAUGGCGGUCCUCCAGCAGGCUUCCUAUCUCCAACUGUCUUCUCUUGCCUUGUUGAUGGUCCA